AUGCUUCUCCUCGACUAUCAAAAUGUAUUGAUUCAGUCAGUCCUUACGGAAAGAUUCUCAGGCGCCCCAGCGGCCUCGAUCGAUCAAACUGUCUCGGAUUUCGACGGUGUGACCUUCCAUAUCUCAACACCCGAAAGCAAAACCAAGAUUCUACUCUCUCUUCAAAUAAGAUGUUUCCCAGAUCUAGUUCAAUAUGGCGCCGAGGAAGUUCUUCAGCGCGAAUACGGCCCAUACGUCACCCAUACAGAACCGGGAUAUGACUUUUCUGUCCUAAUCGACCUCGAGAACCUGCCGGCAGAGAAAGAGGAUCGCGAUGCUUUGGCGAUGAAGUUCUCUUUGCUGAAACGAAACGCCAUGGCGGCUCCAUUUGAGCAAGCCUAUCAAGAGCACUAUGAACUGAAAGAACAAGCUUCCAAGUUUACUUCAGAGGAAGCUCCUCAAGGAGUGCGAGAAGGUGGUCAAGUCAAAGCGAUUCGUUACCGCGAAGAAGAAGCCAUCUACGUCAAGGCCAGUCAUGACAGAGUAACUGUCAUCUUCAGCACUGUCUUCAGGGAAGAGACGGAUAGGGUGUUUGGCAAGGUCUUUAUCCAAGAAUUCGUGGAUGCCCGAAGGAGGGCUAUCCAGAAUGCUCCUCAAGUUUUGUUCAGGAACGAUCCUCCAUUGGAACUUGAAGGUGUCCCCGGGGUUCCGAGUGCUGGUGCGGGCGAAAUCGGUUAUGUCACGUUUGUUCUCUUCUCGAGACAUUUGACUGCUCAGCGCAUGCCAAUCGUGAUUUCGCACAUCCAGACUUUCCGGGAUUACUUCCAUUACCAUAUCAAGGCCUCCAAGGCCUACAUUCAUUCAAGAAUGCGCAAGAGAACUGCAGACUUCCUCCAGGUGUUGCGUCGCGCACGUCCCGAUAGCGAGGAAAAGGAAAGGAAGACGGCAAGUGGACGAUCAUUCAAGGUUCAGGGAAGCUAA